AUGUGUCUCAGUGUGUCGCUGCUGGAGCACCUACAGUUUCAGAAACUCGACUUUGGGGAGACAGACAUUCUUGACAAUUUUUACAAUGCAGACGUGGUUGUUGUGGAUAUGUCUAUAUCUGUACAACAAUCUGCACUGUUCUACCACAUCGGAGUACGUCAGAGCAUGGGCAUGAAACACAACAUUGUUCUUUUUCAUGACACAGACCCUGAACAGUCACUUUCUUUAAAGCUGUCGUGUGGGACAGGUGUGGUGUUCCUGCCCUACGUGUUGGACAACUAUGGAACAUGUGUGGUGGUAGAAGCCUCCAGUCCUGCUCUGCCAUCUGACAGCUGUACACAUCCAGAAAAAGGCAUGUCACUCUUUCACCAACUCAAAAAGGCCCUCAGUGAUGUUGAGAAAUACACAGUAACCCACCAGAAAGAGAGGUUCCUUUGUGACCUUCGUAAAGCUCGAGAGCAGUUUAAAGGGGAAGAGCUAGCGAAGGUGUUGGAGAGGUUGCGGACGAGAUUGGACGACCCACAGCUGCUCUCUGUUGAUGUUGUAGUAAACAUGUUAAUCUCAUUCCGGGACUCUCAGAACUAUAACGCUAUGGUUAAACUGAUUGAGGACCUGGAACAUAUACCCAACAAUAAAAUACAUGGCCAAACAAUGGUCAUGUAUCAGUAUGCUUUUGCCCUCAACAGGAGAAACAAAAAUGGAGACCGAGAAAAGGCACUCAAAGUUAUCAAUCAAGUGUUAGCGGUUCCGGACAAUCAGACCCCAGAUAUCUUGUGUCUUUGUGGUCGGAUACAUAAGGACAUGUUUGUGGACUCUGACUACAAGGACCAGACUUGUCUACAAAAUGCCAUAGAAUGGUAUCGUAAAGGAUUUGAGAAACAACCACAUGAGUAUGCAGGGAUCAAUUUGGCAACGCUGUUGGUGAUUUCAGGCAAACGGUUCUCAAAUUGUUCUGAACUGCAAAGGAUAGGUUUAGUGUUAAACAACCUGAUUGGUAAGAAGGGAAGCCUGCAGUCCCUGUCAGACUACUGGGAUGUGGCCACAUUCUUUGAGAUCUCUGUCCUAGCUGAGGAGUAUGGCAAGGCUAUUCAAGCUGCUGAGUGUAUGUUUAAUUUGGAACCACCAGACUGGUAUCUGAAGUCUACAGUAGGUAAUAUCAGUCUUAUCAUGAGGUUUAGGAAGGAGGAGCCAAACCCAGUGCAGGAAAAACUGCUCUUUACUUUCUGGAUGGAGUUUUUUGCCGCAGCCACACAGACUGAAAUGGCUUCAAAAGGAAUCCUGUUUCCAGUACUUGUAUUAGAGCCAACCAAAGAAUUCAUGCCUUGCUUCAUACAGGUUAACAUUGAUGAGGAUACAGACACUAAUGAGGUAAAACUGUGGAAUGUUUGCCCAAAGGAUGGUGCUCAGAACACUUACCAGUGGAGUUUCCCUUGUACAGCCAUUAAAGGUGUAAGUUUGUACAAGAGGGAUUGUCGUGCAGUGUUUCUUUAUGUACAACAAAACUCUGAUGAUUUUCACAUAUUUUUCUCAUCGGAGCCACAAAGGAAAAGAUUUUAUGAGUUGGUAUCAAACAUGAUUGCAGACCAGACGGACAGCCAAGUUUUUGAUCUGAUGGAUGAAACAGACCAGAUAGAGUUUGAAUAUGAAUAUGAUGAGAGGAAAAAUAAGGUGGUAUUGGGUCGAGGCACAUACGGUGUUGUAUAUGCUGCCCGUGACAUCAAGACUCAAGUACGCAUUGCUGUUAAGGAGGUUCCGGAAAAGCAUGAUCAAGAGGUGCAGCCACUCCACGAGGAAAUCAAACUUCAUUGUCGCCUGGCACACAAAAACAUUGUCAAGUACCUGGGCUCAGUCAGUGAAGAUGGAUUCUUCAAGAUCUGUAUGGAACAGGUGCCUGGAGGAAGUUUGUCUCAGCUCCUGCAUUCCAAGUGGGGACCUCUGAAGGACAAUGAGGCUACUAUAGCAUACUACACCAAACAGAUUCUUGAUGGACUCAAAUAUCUUCAUGAUGGUAUGAUUGUACACCGUGACAUAAAAGGAGAUAACGUCUUAGUGAACACCUACAGUGGCAUCCUCAAGAUCUCCGACUUUGGCACAUCUAAGAGGCUGUCUGGGAUAAACCCCUGUGCAGAUACAUUUGCUGGUACGAUACAGUACAUGGCUCCGGAAGUCAUUGAUAAAGGAGCACGGGGAUAUGGACCAGCAGCUGACAUCUGGUCCCUGGGAUGUACUGUUGUAGAGAUGGCUACAGGAAAGAUGCCGUUUAUUGAGCUUGGAAGUCCGGAGGCAGCCAUGUUUAAAGUUGGGUUUUACAAGAGUCAUCCUGAGAUACCAGAAAGCAUGUCCCAGAAUGCCAAGGCAUUCCUUUUACGGUGUUUCGAUCCUUCACCAGAUAAGAGGGCUACAGCAGAGGAGCUUCUGAAACAUCCCUUCAUCACUGAAACACUUUCUAAGAAAAAGAAGAAAAAAGUUCAUGAUGUAGAGUAUUUGAGAAGUGCCUCAAGGAAACGCAGGAAGAGAAAUAGUAUGCCAGCCGGCCAUGAAUCCCGCAGUGGCAACAAAAGUCCGAUGAAGUUACAUUUACCAAAGAAAAAAAGAUUAAGUAUUGACAUUCUGGGAUCUGUAGCUAAGAUUACUAAGCCUGUGGAUGCAGCACCAGAGAGUCCUAAACUCUGUUCCCCAACAAAGAAGGACGAGAGAUUGGAUCGCGGUCGGUCACCAAUGUCCAGUACAGGGAGUACAGAUAUGGAACUGGACGAAGACCUGGCUAUGGUUGACGAGGAAAGGACAAAUCUUGAUGGGUUUCGGAAGCGUGCUGAUUCUGAUGGCAAAUUCCAACGUAGCGAGUAUCUUCAGAAACGGUCUCCAUCCCCUCUCCGGUCACCUUCCCCUAGGUCAUACUACAGUAUGGAGUUUGGGGGGCUGUCAGCUAGCUCCAGUAUGACAAACCUGUCUCCAGAUGUCAGUGAGACAGAACACAGUUCAGCAGACAGCAUGGGAAGAGAGUUUGGAUUUUAUCUACUCAGGAAAGACUCUGAAAGACGGAUAACACUAGUUCACAUCCUUGAUUUGGAUACAGAUAAGAUCUGUAAGACUUGGCUAGACCUACUACAUAAAGAUGCAACCAUCUCCAACCCUAAAAUAACUGUGGAACACCUACAGCCACUGCUAUGUGGACUACGCACCUACAUACAGGACCAAAAUGCCAAUGUCAUCAGUGAAACUCUAGAUAAGCUGAAAAUCCAAGUGGACUUUGAUGUGACGGCCAUUAUGGAGAUAAAACUGGCUCUUUAUGUCUUUCAUGAGGCUGUUGGCAAAUGUCUAAAGUCCCACAAUAUCCAGCCUCAUUGGAUGUUCGCACUUGACAAUCUCCUACGCAGUGCGGUUCAACGAGCCAUCACCAUUUUGUCCCCAGAGUUAGGAGCCAGUCUGUCAGUUGGUAGUAAGGAAGAAGAGGUAGAUACAUCAGGUGUUCCGUCCACAAACUCUAACAAGUCCGCCCUGGCAUACCGACCUAGUCCUGAAACUGCCGAGCUUCGCACACAGCUUGACAAUAUUGAAGAUGAUAACCUGAGAUUACUUCAUGAAUUAAUUGAUGUUAACCGUUCCUAUGGCAACCUACUCCGAAAGUCAAUAGACGAAAAGAAACUCCAUAUAGAAUAUGUAAAAGUGUCCAGUAAUCUGAGUCAUCCUAACAUCACCAUGCCAUCGCCUCAGGGAAAACGAGUUCCAGAAAUCCAUGAACCCCCAGAUGAGUCCCUGGUGACCUGGAUGAAGGAACAAAAAAUAGAUGAAGAGUCCAUUCAUAGGGUUACAGCUGAACAGUAUACGUUAGAAGAUAUAUUAGAAAUUAUUAAUUAUGAGGAUUUACGUCAACUGAACUUACGGGGUGGCAUGGUGUGUCGUCUCUGGAAAGCUAUAACUAAAUGGAGAUCAAAACAAAGCACAUGGUAGCCGAAGAUAUCUAUUGUGUUUAUCUCAUUUCCAAAUAUUUACAUGUUUGACUGUGUGUGCUUUCCUCUUCUGAGUCACUAAAAUACCUUUGCAGUGUCCUCAGAAACAUUAUGUAUAUAAUAGUGUGCAGCAUAGCUGCCAAACAUUACCAUGACUGUGAUAUUGACUGUAACUUGGAGUAGUGUUGCCCCUAUGUUUUACAGUGAUAUAGGGCUGAAGAUUGUAUUUGAGACAGAAGUUUUGAAAUGGAGGUAAAAUAAACAUCUAAAUAUUUCCUGUCGAUGACACUCACCAGUGAAUUUCAUGAUUGCUUUGUGUCUCCAUCAGUCAGUCAAGUGUGCUUGAUUACUGCUAUCCGAAAUAUUCUUAGGAGUGAAUUAGGUUAUAGGUUACAAAAUGCUCAUAAUGAUGGUACAUAUAUUGAACUGGUUUUUUGACUAACUUUUAUUUUCAUUUUUUUCCAAGAGAGCUGUGAGCUUUAAAGUAAUAUCUCAAACUUUUCCAUUGAUCUGGUGUUUUGUUAUUAUAACAGUAUGUUUGUUCUGCCCCAGAGCAGUGAAGGGUUGUGUGUAUUGUCUUAGACUAGUGUAACGUUCCGUACUAUGAGAAUAUCCUGUGUGUGGAGGAAUUCUAACUGGGUAAUUAAAUCAAAGAUAUUCUGACAAUCUUCCUAAUUCUAUACCAAAAGUUCAUCAUUGUCAUUGAUUAUCCUUAAUGAUGAAAGAUUAUGAUAACAAGAUGAUGGUAUGUUUUGAGACUGUAGAAUUCCUUGUUUAUGUAUAGAUAAGACUAACCAGUUGUUAUAUUCUAGUCAUGAAAACCAAAUGAAAUAUAUGUAUAUAUGUGACCUUUGGUAAAUCUGGGUGGUUAGAAAAAGUGGGAGCAAAGAUUCAAAUUUUUUUGUGUGUGUGUUUUUCACUAUCAGCAAGUCAGCUAGAAAGUUAAAUGUGUGCCAUAGGGUAUGUAAGAGAAUGUUUGAUUAAUGCUGAAUGAUGUAUUUACUCUUUGUAAAAAUUAAACAGACCGAGGGGCAGACAGACACACAGACAGACAGGUUGUAAGAUUUUAAUCUUUUUGAAGAGCAUUCAUUUUAUUUCCAAGUAAAACUAAGGAUAGGGCAUAUGAACAUUUUCAGGCUUGACGUUCGAUUUACAGGUCAGUUUGAGCUUACUGUAUUGUACCUCCAAUGAGAAAGAGCUCGUAUUUGUGCAGUAUUAUCUAGACUUUUUGAGUUUCUAGCUUGUCUUUUAUUAGAGAUGUGUUUAUUAUAACUUAAUUGUUUCAAAUCCUGGUCAGACUUCUUCCCAGACUUCUUGGUUGUAGAGCUGAAAGUUAUCAACAGUGCUUACAUCCAUGAUAUCUGUUGAGAAGUAUUUGAAGGUCAAGAACCCUCAAUGGUCAUUUUAAAAUGAGAAAUAUUGAGAAAACAGCUGUGAAUUUUAAUUUGUAAACACUUAUUCUAUGCCUUUAUACAGGUGACAAAUGGUUGGAUUCUUCUUAAAUUUGGAAAGGUUUCGGCACGCCGUGAUAUUUAAAUGUUUGUACUUUUGUGCAAGUGAAUUAGUGAUUCAGUAAUGGUUUGUUAGGGACUACCGGAGUCCCAGUAAUCGCCCAGGCCAUGUCUUUUUUUGGAAUCUUCAACAGGAACAUGUGUAGGAGUACUUUUUGGAUGUAGUGUAUAUCAAAAUAGACUUGAUACCAACUAUACAAAUGUUCACUCUCUGACUAUAGUAUACCAACUAUACAAAUGUUCACUCUCUGACUAUAGUCAGUCUGUGAUACCAACUAUACAAAUGUUCACUCUCUGACUAUAGUCAGUCUAUGAUACCAACUCUACAAAUGUUCAUUCUCUGACUAUAGUAUACCAACUAUACAAAUGUUCACUCUCUGACUAUAGUCUAUGAUACCAACUAUACAAAUGUUCAUUCUCUGACUAUAGUAUACCAACUAUACAAAUGUUCACUC